AUGCCAUCGCAAGAUUCAUCUAGACAAAAUCAAGGUAAUCAACAUCCACUUCAUACGUUUAAUCAACAUCAACAACAACAACAACAACUACAACAACAACAAAAAACGUAUAUGUCAACUCAAUUACCACCACAGGAUCAAUAUAUACCAGACCGACAACAGUAUUUACUUCAAAGAAAAUCAGAGUCUUUGAUUGGAUUUGAUCAAUCAGCUCCAUUUUUUUCUAGCAAUUCCCAAGAACUAACUCGCAACAAUCAACCGUAUCAAAGUAACUCUAGUGCCAACCAGUAUUAUCAAUUUGGAAAUCCAUCAUCCUCAUCAACAGUAUCAACAACGCCAUCAAAUUUGUAUCCCUCAUUAAAUCAACAAUUUGUUCCGCAGAUUAGUAAAAGCUCAUCAAAUAACUUCAACCAAGCUUCAAAGAUAUAUACAAGUAGUUCAUCAGAAUUAUUAGAUAACAAUCAAUAUCCUACACAACAUCAACAACAACAAUCUCAAUAUAAAAUACAAUCUUCGUUUCAGGAAGCACAACAUCAAGAUGCAAACCAUGUACAUUAUCUACUACAAGAACAACGACGAAAUAUACCAGCGGCAUCAAUCAGCUUACCAUUUCCAAGUAAUAUUGACAUCAAUCAAUAUCCAGAUAUGACAACUUUGGUAAAUUCAAAUGAGAAUAUUAUUGUACCUUUAGUGGAAAAUAGGUUUGUUGAUUUGAAAGUUUGUACAAUUUGUGGUAAAAGAAUUACAAGAGAUAAGCAAAGACACAUGAGGACUCAUCAAUCGGAAUCCAGAUUUAGUUGCAAAUUUCCUAAAACUCAAUGUCAUCAUAAACUGGGUAAAUUUAAUCGACCAUAUGAUUUUAAAAAACAUUUACUCAAUAGGCAUUUCAUAUUUGAUGACCCAAAGAUUAAAAAGUUGCAUAAUUUAAGUGAUAAAUUAGAUCAUUUAGGGACAUGUUCGUGUGGUCUAAGAUUUAUAGGUAGGAUAUGGUUAGAAGAUCAUAUAUUAACUGAUGACAUUUAUAAUCAAUGUUCAUUGAUCAAGCAGGAAGCACAAAAUUCAUAA